GGAGGUAGUACUAUGUAAUUAUGUAUAUACUCCAUACUAGAUUGAUCCACCCACUAAAGAGUGUCGGAUGAAUUAUACCUUCUACUUCUGUACUAAGUAAGACGUAAAAGACCGAUGGACAUAUAGUGCCUCUUCGCCAGUUUCCAAGAUACAUACGUACGUACGCUGCCGGCCUACUGCUAUGUAGUGCGGCGUCUUCACUUGCCUUAAUUUCCUUCACUUGAUAGUAAUCAAGGAUCUCCCAUCCCGUCCAAAGAUACACUUCCAUUGUAUCAAUAUCAUCCUCCGAUCCAUAAAUACCCAGAACCGGCCGGCAAUUAUGGCUGCUGCGGCGGCGUUGAGUCCGAAAGCGCACAUAGAGGAGAUCCGGCGAAACAAGUUUUCAAUCGGAGGAGAGCCCAACCCACUGACGGAGGACUUGCAUCAGGCCGUCAAAAACCUCUCUGCUGAACUCUACUCUAAAGAUGUUCAUUUUCUCAUGGAGCUCAUCCAGAAUGCGGAGGAUAACGAGUACGAGGUUGGCGUGGACCCCACUCUUGAAUUCGUAAUCACGUCCAAAGACAUAACGCAGACGGGAGCUAUGGCGACACUGGUGAUAUUUAACAAUGAAAAGGGCUUCGCCCGCCAAAACAUUGAAUCAAUUUGCAGCGUCGGCCGUUCCACUAAGAAAGGAAACCGAAAGAAUGGCUACAUUGGGGAGAAAGGCAUUGGGUUCAAGAGCGUCUUUCUGAUUACACCCCAACCGUACAUAUUCAGCAACGGAUACCAAAUUCGGUUCAGCGAAGAACCAUGCUCACAGUGCAAAAUCGGUUAUAUCGUCCCAGAGUGGGUGGAGAAUGAUAACCCUGUUCUUGCACACAUAAGACAUAUUUACGGUUCAUCAACUUCACUCCCCACCACAACUUUGGUGUUGCCUCUGAAAUCUGACAAGGUUGAUCCAGUGAAGAAGCAGCUAUCAAAGAUUCAUCCAGAGCUUCUCUUGUUUCUUUCCAAGAUAAGAAAGCUUUCAGUCAGGGAAGACAAUGCUGACCGAAAGCUCAAUACUGUGAGCACCAUAUCCAUUUCAAGCGAGAAGAAUCUUGUCACGAGGAAAAACAUCAAUGCAGAGUCCUAUGCUCUUAUUCUCUCUUCUGAUGAAGAUAAAGGGAAUGGCCAAUGCUCUUAUCACAUGUGGCGACAGAGAUUCCCAGUCAAGAAUGGAUGCCGAGUUGAUCGGAGAAUGGAAGUUGAAGAUUGGGUUAUCACAAUUGCGUUUCCACACGGGGAACGUCUCAACAGGGGAAAUAGUUGCCCUGGUAUCUAUGCUUUUCUUCCUACAGAGAUGGUCACCAACUUUCCAUUCAUAAUCCAAGCAGAUUUCUUACUAUCGUCAUCCAGGGAAACAAUCCUACUAGACAACCAAUGGAAUAAGGGAAUCCUUGACUGUGUUCCAUUAGUCUUUUUGAGUGCAUUCACCUCGCUAGUUAAAUCAAGUGAUGAUGUUCCUGUCUCUAGUCUGGCUGAAAUGUUCUGCUUUUUGCCAGUUGAGAGUUCCUCAUAUCCAAGCCUGGAUGCUACUGUCAGAGAUCCGAUCAAAGCAAAGCUGCAGGAGGAAGAUAUUGUUCCAUGUCAGUCGUAUACCAAUCAGAAGGUCUUCCGCAAGCCGUGUCAAGUUGGGAGGCUAAUACCAUUGUUUUGGAAUUUGUUGAAUGAGGCUACGAAGCAGGGUGUCACGCUUCACAAUAUCUCCUCUCAUGGAAAGUCUAUUCUCAAUUUUGCAUUUGAUAAGGAGAAGUACAAUAAAGUCUUUGACUUCUUGGAAGUGAAGCAAGUUAAUAAUGAUUGGUAUGCCAAGUGCAUACAGGGUUCAAAUCUUGUUAUGGGUGUGUCUGAAGAGCUUUAUGUACAGCUUCUGUUUUUUGUUGUGGCCUACUGGAGGUCAUGCUUCUUUUCUAAGGCAAAUAUGGGGAAGCUACCGUUGCUGAAGUACGUUGACAGUAAUGAGCAUGUGGCCUUGUGUAGCAUAGAUUCUGUGUCUGAGCAUCACAUCACAUUGUUUCUGUGCACUAAAUCCAAACAUGUUAGUUGGCUGAUUACCUGGAACAGAGUAUUUCGUUGCAUGGGGGGAUAUUUCAUCCCUGAAUCUACACAUACAGCGUUUGACAACAGUUCUGACGUGUUGAAGUGUAUACGUGACUGGAUGAUAAAUGAUGUUAAGGUUAGAUCUGUUGACACUGCUGAGUACGCACAAGUCAUCCGUCAGUCACUAAGCCAUGACCCGAAGCUCGUCCUUGCAUAUGCACAUUUCUUAUAUCACUCGUACAUGAAGGAUUAUGUGGUCUCUGCAAGCGAUAUUGAGUCACUUUGCAUCAACAUGCCACUUGUUGAUGAUUAUGGAAAUGUCUUGACCCAUCGAGAAGGUGUUCUUGUGCCAGCGAAUGGAAGCAAGUGGGUUCAGUUGAUUGGCUCCAAUCCUUGGAAAAGAGAGGGUUACAUUGAGCUCGGAGAGGAGUACUUGCAUUCCCGACUUGUUGCUAAUGCAUAUACGAACAAUGGAGACAUUCUUGGGUUUCUUAAAACCUAUGCCAGUGCUAUGGAUAUUCCUGAAUUACCACCUCCAAAUGCUACACUAUCAUGUAUGUCUUCACCGCUAACAAAAGAAAAUGCUUUCUUGCUGUUAGAUUGGAUACGCAAUAGGGGAGUGUUGCCAGAGAAGUUCUUGACCAGCAUAAAAAAUGGAAGUUGGCUUAGAGUCCGCUUAUGUGGUAGUACUGGCUACAGGCCCCCCUCGCAAUCCUUUUUUCCUGAUUCAAAAUGGGGUCCUCAUUUGCAAAAUGGUUCAUUGCGUGUAGAUAUCCCAUUGGUUGAUCUUGCAUUUUAUGGUGCACAGAUUUCUGACUACAUUGAAGCACUAAGAACCACUGGUGUAAUGUUUGAUCUCAAGGAAGCCUGUGAGUUUAUUGGGAGGCAUUUCAUGUCUCUGGUGGAUUCUUAUUCUUUUGCAAAACAUGAUGUCAUCUCUAUACUUAAGUUCAUUAAAUAUUUGAGAGAAAAGUAUCUUCCUCCCGGUGACUUCAUCAAUAGCAUCAAAGAUAAGAGCUGGUUGCUGACCACACAAGGCAUGAAGAAGCCAGGACAAUGUGUUUUUCUUGCUGACAAAUGGUAUGCUGUUUCACAGAUCAGCAAUGUCCCAUUUGUUGAUCAAAUGCAUUAUGGUCAAGAUAUUAUUAUUUUCAAGGAAGAACUCAGGCUUCUUGGCGUUGUAUUCGACUUCAACAAAAAUUACAAUUUAAUUGUUUCCAAUCUGAAACCAUCUGAACAUUUGAACUCUUUAAGUGCUAAAGCAGCUUUCUUGGCUCUCAAAUGUAUCCGUCACCUCAAGCUAAACUCCAAUGAUAGACUAUGCAUAGCACUCAAGGGUAAUCGGUGUCUGAAGACUCUCGAGAAUGGAUAUAAAUCUGCUACGGAAUGUUUCAUACCAGAUGCAACUUGGGGUUGCAUUCUCCAUGUUUUUGACAACUUUCCCAUCAUCGAUGAGAAGUUUUAUGGAAGCAAAAUUCUUUCAUUCAAGGAUGAGCUCAAGAAUUUGGGUGUGGUGGUCAGUUUUGAGGGUGUUGUUAAAACUUUUGUUGAUGAUUUUAAGCAGCAGUCUUCUAAAUGUGCAUUGAGCAAGACCUGUGCACUUUCUUUCCUUGCAUGCUACAGAAAGUUAAAAGCAACUGCCUUCAGUUCACAGUUUGAUGAAAUAUUGAAAAACAUUAAAGAUGUAAAGUGGCUUAAAACUCGACUUGGUGCUGCCAGUGCCCCAGAAGAGUGCAUCUUGUUUGAUGAAAGCUGGGCACCAAUAUCAUCUAUAUCUCUUUUGCCAUUUAUUGAUGAUGCUUACUAUGGCCCAGAGAUUCGUGAGUAUAAGGCAGAGCUUAAUGCCAUGGGUGUUGCCACAACAUUCAGAAAAGGGGCAGUGUUUGUUCCAGCGAGCCUUCGUUUGCCUCAGAAUCCUGAGGUUAUUUCACCUCCUGUUGCAGUAUCCCUGUUGAUGUGUUUACGGCAUUUACAAAAGAAUAUCAGUGAGAAGCAAACUGACCUGAUCACUUCUCUCCGGGAGAAACUCGAUGUUAAGUGGAUCAAGUCUAUAGCAGGUUACCAAUGUCCAAAAAAGUGUUUACUAUUCAGCCCAGAAUGGAAAGCUGUUCUGAAUCAAGAUGAUGGACCCUUUAUUGAUGAAAAGUUCUAUGGUCCAGAAUUUUCUUCAUACUCUAAAGAACUUCAAACUUUGGGUGUGGUGGUUGAGGUUAAAAAUGGUUGUUCUUUGGUUGUUGAAUACCUCAAUGUGCAUACUGAUCGGACCACUAUCAGUCGCAUAUAUAAGUACUUGUACACGAAUGGAUGGCCUGAUGAUGUGAAAACUGUUGGAAAUGCAAAGAUGUUAUGGAUUCCCAGUGGGGAGAAUAGUGGGAAAUGGGUUAGUCCAAAUGCCUGUGUGCUCCAUGAAAGUACUGGUCUUUUUGGGUCAGAGUUUUUUGUUUUGGAAAACUAUUACAGCAAUGAGUUGCUGUAUUUCUUUUCCAAUUUAGGUGUGAAAACCUACCCUGCACUAGAGGACUACUUCAAGCUCUGGAAAUCAUGGGAGGGUUCAUCAGAUAGGAAACUGUCUCAUUCUGAGUGCCGCGCCUUUUGGGAGUUUAUAGUCACCCACUGGAGCUCAAAAACAAAAAAGUUUCUUGAAGAAAAUCUGAAAAAGAUUCCAGCUUGUUCCGGUACAAAUGAAGGGAUUUAUUUGCUAGACAAGUGCGAUGUUUUCCUUGCUGAUGACCUCUACAUGAAGGAUCUGUUCGAACAGAAUUCUUCAGAUCCACUGUUUGUCUGGUACCCACAACCAAGCCUUCCAUCCUUGCCCCGAACAAAGCUUCUGGAUAUCUACAAAGAAAUUGGAGUUGGUUAUUUAUCGAAAUCUGUCAAAAAUAAUGGUAUCUCAUCAAUUGAAUCUUCUGGGCUGGAAAGGGUAAAACCAGAAACGAUCCAUAUCGGAAUGAAUCUCUUCAGGCUGAUUCUUGGGUUUCUUGCCCAGCCUUCUCUGGAGAUGGAUGCUGAUGAAAGGCACAAGUCUCUCAUGAGCCUUGUGGACUCGAGUUUUCUGAAGAUGGAUGAACCCAUCACCGUUGAUUAUUCUCUCUCACUUUCAUCAGGGAAGAUCCUGACCGCAAAAGCAAGCAGAAUGAUUCGGUGGGAGAGGGAGAGCUCCAAGUUCUUCCUCACAGAGCUCCAGGAAUCAGAAGGUUACAGAGGUGUGCUGGAGUAUGCUACCUGUUUCUCAGAAGUCAUCUCAGAGGGCAUUCUGUGGGACAAAGAAGAUCAUGUGCCCCAGCUCUCAGAGCUGAUCAAGCUGGGUUAUCUUGUUAAGUUUGAGAAGGAUGCUAUCAGUUUCUUGAUGAAAACCAAGAACCUGCAGAUUUUCUUGGAAGAUGAACAGUUUCUCUCUUCUCUUAUUCCUACCUGCUGAAUUGGGUAUGGUCUUGUGUUCUGAUCCAUUGUUUUUUUUUAUGUUCAAUUCUGUUCAUGUUGUGAACUUAUUUCCUCUUUAAUGAUUUCAGGCUGAUGAUGACUGAAAACAACACUGGUGGAGAAUGAUUUUGAGUUAUCUAUGUUUCUUUUGUUUUUAAUUUCGAAUUUCGACUGACUUGGAGUGUUAUGUAUCUAAAUUAUUGUUCAGCAUUUGCUUGUUUCUUCCAUUUGAACUUAAUUUUAUCGGCAUGUUCAAAUCAGAUUUUCCACAGAUUUGUCUUCAAGAAAACAUGUUUUAUUUCAAAACGAUGUACUAUAUUUUAAAUUGACCUUAGAUCAAAUUUAUAAAACAUUCGGUAUAA